GUGUCUAAAUUUAACCUUGAAUAAAAUAAAAACUACUGAGGCUAGAGGGCUGCAAUUUGGUGGGUGGACAAUCGACAUGACAAUUUGCAGCCCUAUAACUGAGGGCGUACGGAAAAAGUGCGGCCGGACAGACAAACAGCCAUCGCAAUAGUUUGCUUUUACUGAAAACUAAGCUGGCCCGAAGGAUUAGGUAUUUUUUACGUGACUAGCGCGACUUAUUCGGUUACCAAGAGGACGGCCAGCAUUACUCAGCAGGAUACCGGACGCAUCCUGCGAAAGAAGGCGAUAAAAGCACUGCGCAUCUGCGCCUCUCCAUCAGUUGCUGCUCGAUCCCAAAGGUCUCGAGGUGACCAACUCUUCCUUCAAAACCUGCGCAGUAGGUCAUGUCCUGUUUGUCUAAGUGUGCUGUUGUGGGCAGAUAGCUGUUAUCAUUACGCAGGCUUAUUGAAAACUUAUGAACCAUGCCUAAAAGAACAGCAAAUGAAGGUACUGAGGAGAGAGAGGAAGGCUUAGACCACGGUCGUGAAAUAAAGAGGCGGAAGAGUACCGAUGACACACCAGAAGAGGAGUCCUUAGGAAUGCAAGAGCAACACCCAGAUCCAAAUGAAGAUAUUGCACUUCCUCAAAUUAAUUUAGCCAAGGUGCAGGAACACUACUGUGGCGAAAUGACGGAACAUUGUAAGUCUUGUGAUUCGACAAAUUUUAAAGGUGAGAAACUAAAAGACGGGAAAUUUAAAUCAUGUUGUCACAAAGGCAGUGUAGAUUUACUAUCAUUGGAUGUACACCCUCAUAUAGAAAAUUUACUCUCUCCUACACAUGAGCAUUAUGAAAACUUUAAAAAACAUAUACUUUCUUAUAAUAGUGCCUUAGCCUUUGCCUCAUUAUGGGCAAAACGUGGCAACAUACCCAAAGAUGGAGAGAUGCCUGAAGAUGGAGAGAUGCCUGAAGAUGGAAAGAUGCCCAAAGAUGGAGAGAUGCCCAAAGAUGGAGAGAUGCCCAAAGUGGGAGAGAAGCCCAAAGUGGGAGAGAAGCCCAAAAAUCCAUACUAUUGCUACAGAAUACAAGGUCAAAUGUAUCGCUCAGCGUCAAGUUUGCACCCAAAAAAAGAUGAAACACCAAAAUUUGCGCAAAAUUAUACACUUGAUUCGGAGGCUGCAUUGAAGCAAAGAAUGAGUAUAGAAGCAAACAAAGGCUGUUUGCCUGAUUUGAUGAAGGAAUUGGGAUUAGUUUUAAGUGAAAGUCAUCCAAUUGCAGAAGUAUACAAAAAGAUGCGAGAUUGCGAAGUAGAAGAAGAUAAAAGAGCUAAAGCUGAAGGCAGACCUCCUAAGGAAGUCAAAAUGUGGAUUCAUAAAGGUAAAAAAAAAGAUGAGCAAGAUUCCAAAAUAGAAGAAGCUGAGAGAGCUGAAGAUAAAGGCAGUCCUCCUAAGGAAGACAAAAUGGCGAUUCAUCAAGGUAAAAUGAAAGAUGAGCAAGAUUCCAAAAUAGAAGAAGCUGAGAGAGCUGAAGAUAAAGGCAGUCCUCCCAAGGAAGACAAAAUGGCGAUUCAUCAAGGUAAAAUAAAGGAUGAGCAAGAUUCCAAAACAGAAGAAGCUGAGAGAGCUGAAGAUAAAGGCAGCCCUCCCAAGGAAGACAAAAUGACGAUUCAUCAAGGUAAAAUAAAAGAUGAGCAAGAUUCCGAAAUAGAAGAAGCUGAGAGAGCUGAAGGUGAAGGCAGUCCUCCCAAGGAAGACAAAAUGGCGAUUCAUCAAGGUAAAAUGAAAGGUGAAUGCUCAUAUGAUGUACUUUUUAAGAACGAAGUUGCGGUUGUAUUUACAGGCCAUGAACCGCCAUUCGAAAAAGAUAUAUGUAUUAAUUUGGGAGGCGACAAAAAAGAUGCAGAUAAUCAUUCGACAAACCCAAUAUCUUUCCUGAGUCGAUAUAGUGAUCCAAUGAUAUACCCAAUUUUAUUCCCUUAUGGUGAUAGAGGAUGGAUAAAGAAUACUCCACUGACGGGUGAAGGUAAAGGUCACCGUAAGUACCAGACUCUCUUGGGAUACUAUUCAUAUAGACUUGCAACUCGAAAGGAAUUUAACCCCAUACUAAGGGCCGGGAGGCUCUUUCAGCAAUAUUGUGUAGAUGCCUAUGCUAAAAUCGAAAGGCAUAGACUCCUGUUUUUUUGGAACAAUCAGGAUAAAAUAAAAAGUCAGUUGUACACUAGUCAAAGGGAUUACUUAGAAAACUUAGGUAACCUAGAAAACGAUAACUCAAAAAACGAUAACUUAGAAAAAGAUAACUUAAAAAACGAUAAACAAAAAAAAAAAGAUGAACAAAAACCGUGCAUAUUGCCAUCCACUUUUCAAGGAGGCCCCAGAGCUCAACGACGAAACUUCCAAGACGCUAUGGUAAUUGUUGCGAAGUACGGGAACCCAGAUUUCUUCAUUACAUUUACUUGCAAUCCCAAAUGGAAAGAGAUAAAAGAUAAUCUCGGGAAGGGGAUAAAAGCAAAUGAUCGGCCAGAUUUAGUGGCCAGAGUAUUUAACCUCAAAUUGGAAGAAUUCAAGAAGGACUUACUUAAGAGUAACAAACUUGGAGUUGUAGAAGCACACCUUUAUGCAAUUGAAUUUCAGGAACAUAGUGGGUUACCACAUUGUCACAUGCUUCUCUUUUUCGCUAAUAAGCAUAAGCCAAAAAGUGCUGAAAGUGACGAAAGAGUUUGUACUGAAGUCCCUGACAAGAAUUCUAAUCCGAGGUUAUACGAUAUAGUAGUAGAACACAUGAUAAACGGAAAUUGUGACAAAAGCGUUGUUCCUUAUAAUCCGUAUUUGUUGCUUAGAUACAAUGCACAUAUCAAUGUGAAAAUCUGUUCUCGUACAAAGGAAAUACAACACAAGCUCAUCAAGUAUCUUUAUAAGACCGAAAAAAAUGAAAAUUCUGAGGAUAAAAAGUGUCGGGAUGAAAUAUCGACGUUCAUUAAUAACAGGAAAAUUUAUUCUACAGAAGCCAUGUGGCGUAUCAGAGAAUACAGAAUGCAUGGUAAGUCGCAUCCAGUACAGCGUCUGGCAGUUCACCUACCAUUAGAGAACGUCGAAACCAAAGCACAUGAAACAGCGACUGAUAAUACUACCCUAACAGCCUGGUUUAAGCUGAACAGCUCGACUCCUGAUGCACGCCAACACCUUUAUCAAGACAUACCAAGUCAUUAUGUAUAUCAUAAGAAAUUAAGCACUUGGAUCCCAAGGAAAAAAGGGCACGAAAAGAUCCUAAGCCGAAUAUACGACGUCAGCCCUUCCGAUACAGAAAGGUAUUGUCUUAGGCUCCUUCUCCUCCAUGUGAGAGGGGCACAAUCAUUUAAUGAUCUUAGAUCCGUCGACGGCGUUUUCUUUAACACAUUUAAAGAAGCGGCCCAGAAGCGGGGUCUUCUGUGAGACGACACAGAGCGUAUUGUCCAAGAGGAUUCUAUAUAGUGGAACUGCAAUGCCCAUAACAAUUUAAGUGAAGCAAGAUGCGAUAAAGAAAAAUUACAAUGUUACAGCUGAAUUCAGAUGUUUCUGGAAAGAACAACGCAGUUAUAUAUUGUAUACAAAUAUUAUAAAAAUAUAUAAUGAU